CAGAAGAAGCAUGUUCGCAGAAAGAGCGAGCGACUUGUGUUAAAGUUGGAAUAAAGACUAAAAUAGCGAAGAUGACUACAGUAGGAGCAGGAUUAGUACUAAAUAUCAGAGAAAAGGGAAGCUUGUUCAAGGAUUUUGGCAAAAAAGAAAGUACAACUACCUUCAACAAAGCAAAUGGAAGUGGCACAUCAUCCGUCUUCAUAAAGAGAGUAACUGGCAAGAGUUCAACUCGUGUCUUUUCAAAGGCUCUUGCUGUGAGAUCCUCUCUCAAAAAGACUCGUGAUCUGGCAAAAUUAAGUACUGAAAAGCAGAAUGCGAAAUCAUCAGCCAUUAAAACUGGUAGCAAUGUCUUUACAAAAAAGGCAGAUCCCAAUCCCCAGAAGAAGGUUCAGAGUGCGGGAGGGAAUCACACCACUGGACCCCCGGCAAAAGCUCCCCCAAACAAGAGUCCGAGCAACAUUCCAAAGGCACCGCAACAGAAGAAUGAAAAGGGUCUUGGAGAGAAGAAGACUGCAGGAACAGGGGGAAAUAGCAACAUUAGUAGUCCCUCAGGUGGAAAGCCCAAUACUCCAGUGCAGAAGAGUUUUGGUGGAGGGAAUGCAACUGACAAGGCAGCCUCAAAACCGAACAGUUUCCAGAACAAGAAGCCCUUUCAGCCGCAGCAACCAAAACAAACAAAGAGGGAUGGAGCAGAGCAUGGAGGUGCACCACCAAUAAAACGUUUCAAGAAUGACAAACAAGUUGAGGGGCCAGAUUCAGGACAGACAGCAGGAAAUACUCACCCUCAUAGUAAAGAAGGUGAUCAGGCAACAGCACCUCCUUUUGCAAGACAGAAUCGGGAAGACAAUGCAUAUGAAGACAGGAGGGAUGGAUACACAUCAUCACUGUUCUACGGAAACCCUGACAUACCAGCCAUUCCUCAGACCGACGUCAAGCCUGUCUCUGAGAAGGUGUUUUCUGAGGAGUCGUUCACCACCUUGGAUAUUGCCCCACAAUUAGUAUCAACACUAGAAAAAUUAGGCUUCCGAUCAAUGACAACGGUGCAGCAAAAGAGCAUGCCAGCUAUCCUGUCUGGUAAGGAUGCUCUUGUGAAGUCCCAGACAGGCUCUGGAAAGACUCUGACGUACGCUCUGCCUAUCAUUAAUAAACUCAUGUCGCAAACACCACAAAUACAGAGAAGUGACGGCCUCCUUGCCUUGGUAAUUGUUCCAACAAGGGAGCUUGCACUUCAGAGUUACCAGUGGUUUGAGAAAUUGUGUAAGGCCUGUGUUUGGGUAGUCCCUGGUUACCUUAUUGGAGGAGAGAAGAAGAAGGCAGAGAAGGCUCGGUUACGGAAAGGCAUCAACAUUCUUGUAGCGACAUCAGGCCGCCUGAUUGACCACAUCCACCACACAAAAUCCCUAAGUCUAGCCAAGGUCAAGUACCUGGUCAUUGAUGAGGCUGAUAGGUUGCUCGACAUGGGCUACGAGAGAAGUGUGACAAGCAUUAUGGAAUCUCUCAAGGAGCAACAAGAAUCCACUGACAGACAGACUAUUAUGCUCUCAGCUACUCUCUCUUCAGGGGUUGAAAAGCUAGCAGGCAUGAGUCUUGUCUCUCCGGAAAUUAUUGAUGUCAGCCAAGAGGGACAGGAUGGGAAGCUGAUGUGUGAAGCUCUGGCAACCCCAGAGAACCUCUCGCACAAUUAUAUACUGGUCCCUGCGAAGCUCAGGCUUGUCACUUUGGCAGCAUUUAUACUCUCCAAGUGUAAGGUCGGGGAUGAAAAAAAGAUGAUUGUAUUCUUCGCAACGCAGGACUUGGUGGACUUUCACACUGAGAUCUUCUCUCGCCUUCUCUCCAGGUAUGGAAAGGUGAAAGAUGAAAGACCAUCCUUACUGAAGCGAGCAGAGAAAGUUCUGGCAGGAGAGGAGGACAAGGAAGAAGAGAGUGAAGAGGAAGAAGAGGAAGACACAGAGAGGACCAUUCUAUUCCAAAAGUUGCAUGGCAGCAUGACUCAGCAGGAGAGAUCAACAGUUUUCAGAUCAUUUCGUGAAGCAUCUGCUGGUGUGCUGAUGUGCACUGAUGUUGCUUCAAGAGGUCUAGAUUUGCCAAGAGUGCGUUGGAUUGUUCAGUUUAAUGCUGCAUGCACAGCUGCUGACUAUGUCCACAGAGUGGGGCGUACAGCACGUGUCAAUUCUGCGGGUUCAGCUGUUGCAUUCCUAGCUCCCUCAGAAGCCCCUUACAUUCAGAUGCUUGAGAAGCACAAGAUUUUAUUACAAGAAAUUAGAAUGAAGGAGGUACUCAAAAGCUUUAGUUUUGCCUGCGAUGAUUACAAUGGCGAAGAUCAGCCUUCUAUGAGAUCAGUGGAAGAAUUAGCCACCAACUUCCAGCUCAGCGUAGAAAAUGAACUCGUCAGUGACCAAACCAUGCACGACAUGUCCCGCAAAGCGUAUGUAUCCUUUGUCAGGGCUUAUGCCUCUUACCCCAAAGAAGUGCGUGAAAUGUUUAGCUUCAAAGCUCUCCAUCUCGGUCACUAUGCAAAGAGUAUGGGGCUCAGAGACACUCCUUCGGCCCUUGGUGCUUCAGCAGCCUUCAAAGCAAAGAGAGAGUUUAAGGAGAAGCGCGAAAGGAAGGAGAAGAGAAAGAGAAUCCAAGUGAUGAAUCAGAAGAUGGGUAAACUACCAAAGUCGGCAAUGUUCUCAGAGUUUGACAGCGGCUUAGAUGCUCUUCCUCCAGCAGGCGGCAAAGGCAAGCAAAAGAGAUGAGAAUUAGCAAGAGACGGAGGAAGGGGGACGAGAGAAUGAGUGUGUUAUGCAAUAGUACAAGCAGUCAUGUCUUUCAAUUUAAGUUCAGAAAAAUUCUAUUUUUGUCGAGGUGUGUAUAUAUGUGUGAUGUUAGGGUGUGUAGCAUAAUUCAUAUUAUUGUUAAUACUAUUAUUAAUGUAAUUUCUCUUUUUUUUAUAUGGAGAAAACUGUAAUAAUUGAUAUUAUUAGUAAUACCAUCAUUGAUGUUUUUAUUUCUUUCCUCUUGUUAAGUUGUAAUAAGAGAUCCACUGUGUUGUUUGGAAAAUGUUAAAGUAACAUUACAUGUACAGUAUGAAA